AUGGUCUCUUUAAAACGUACGGAUGUUAGAUGCCAGCUCUGUGGUGUCAGCGGCAAUGUUGGCCGCAUGCGACUGGUAAACGAGCCUCCAGAGGCAGCAUCGCGACGCAUACGCAAAGGCUUCCCUCUCACCAACGAAACCGACUGUGUUGGAUGUUUUGUGGUGACCGAUAAUGGCAUCGAAGAUGCCGAUGACGCCGCAGACGUGUCGUUCGUUCCAGAAGAGGUUGAACAUCCAGAAGAUGCCAAGUACGAGUAUAUGCCAACACCGUCAGGCGUGAGUGUCGAAGACUGUCUGGACGACAUGUCGGACGACGAUGAGGACGACGAUUACAACGACGACAAUGACAGCGACAUGGAAUUGGACGCCAAUGGCAAAUCAUACGUGAAAUUUCUCAACGGCUUACCAUCGGAUGACUGCAACGUCAUCGUGCCCCUGACUGAAGAGUACAAGCAGCGGGACCAGACAUGGCGCAGCCGCGAGCACAUCUCCGGGCCCAACUGUGUUCUCCGCAACGCGUACUCUGGAAACAACAUUACGGCCGAGGAGCUUCGAGGCUGCAACACCUUUCAGCUUCUGUGCCCAAAGCCAAGCGACUGGGAGCCGGAGAGGGGCGACGAGGAAUUCGAGCUCGACGACGAGUGCCCCAUCUAUCUAUCCGGCCUGCGGGAUCAUCUCGACAUAACGUCCAGCUCGGCCGCCGUCUUUGCCCCUAUGCGCCACAGGCAGGAGCAAUUCCACGUGCACAACUGGGCGAGCGCCGCCAGCAGCCGCCAUCUCGCAGCCAUGCCGUUCCAUCCCGCAUGCUUCGAGGUCUUCAAGCGCGCGUCGCUCAAGCGCUUCAAUACGAUUGAUGUGGCCGGCUUGGCUGACUGGUACCAGGUCGAGUCGACAUACCAUUUUACGGAUAAAAUCUUUCCUCAUGAUGAAGCGGUGCGUCGUGCGACAAAGGACCGGGUCUGGAACCAUGUCGAAGGCGAUGAGUGGAUUGCCGCGAACCCGUGCUUUGUGCCUGCGCUUCGUGAGGAAAUGCAACAGCUGGCUACCGAUGAAGAAUUCGCGGGGCCUCGGCCCGGCGAGGAAGAAACCAGCAUCAUUGGCAGUAUCGAUGAGAUUGCGCAGAUGAAUCUGUCUUCUGAGGUUUCGGCUAAUCUCCCGCAGUCAUUCUAUUUCGGGCAUAUCCGUCACGACAUGCCCUGGAUCUGGGAAACUUGGUGCGCGCGCCCGUAUGCUGGCUGGACUGCCUAUUCCCAGGCCGAGAUCGCAAAGGAUCCGCUCGCCCUCAGCCACCAGAGAGAGUAUCUACAGAACUGGAUUCGUGCGAUUGAGGCUGACGGUGAAUCCUCGAUCCAGCAACGCGCGCAGCUGCGAGACCUCAAUUCUCAGCUAAAGGAGCUCGAGGCCAAGAGCUACUUUGCCCCCGAGCCCGUCCCGGCGACUUUGCUCCCUCGGCAGGGUACAGAUUGGCGUAAGCUUUACUUUGCGCUUCGGAAUCUGGGCGAGAUUUCAAAUGGCCUCCGCAACCGCGAACGUGUUUGGCGCUGCUGCAACUACAUACUGGAUCGCAUUGCACUGCAGCGGGAAAAGGGAAAGAUCAAAGCGAAUAAUCACACGAGGCUUCCAAGAGACGGGCACAGGAACACGGGCAUGUAUAAUGGAAGGAGCUUGGACUUUGCUGAUGACUACUCUGAGAGCGAGGCUGAAUUUUCAGACGACAAUGCCGAGGACAUGGAGAUGGAUGAUAAUUAA